GUAGGUCAGAUGCAGAUAGGAUUUCGCUCUCUUUACUGUGCGGUUAAACGGGGCAACCCAACUCCUCCAGACCGGCCCAGGACAGCUGUUCUCUUCUCUUCGGGGUUAGAUCAGAUGUUUCCUCCGUGGGGGCUAACUCGGCUGCUGGAGAUGCCCUCUGUUUGGAUUGGCUAAUGGUGGAGUUAUGAGGCUGGCAGAGCAAGAUCGUUGGCUACCCGAGAAUCUACCGAUCAGGCCUAAAAAGAACGGAGAGAAAGGUCACCGUCAUCUCUGUGAUGAAAUCCUACGCUUGUCUACUUACAGAUCUCGAAAGAAAAAGACAAGAAGGCAAGGGAGAAUUCCAAGAGGGGAAGAUGAAAACGCGUGCAGCGCCGCUUUCAUCUGAUGCAGUGUGUAAUUUAACCACGGGAAGUGCUUCCCUCCCUUUCACCGAGCCUUCAGAAAGAGCUGUGAUUUAGUCUGACGGAGAGCCUGUCAGUUCCAGCAGCCUUUGAAACCGCUUUUUUAUUAGAGAAUCUCAAUUACUCAGUCGCCGAGAGGGAUUUAAAACUCCAAGGCCGUUCUUGCACUGAAGGCACGAGUGCUUCUCAAUCAGGGCAACAAUGUGGGUUACUGGGAAGGGGAAACCAACAGGACCCUGAGGCUUGUGUAAAUGUGCUUCCCGACCACCUCAGUCGUCUGAGAAGGUCAGACCUCCCUGUGGCGUGCUUGGGCCGCUGGCACUAAGAUGUCCCUCAGUAGUGGCACUGCAGGCGGGAAAGGUGUGGACUUGAAUGCGGUGGACACUUACGACAGCGGGGAUGAGUGGGAAAUUGGUGUAGGCAACCUGAUCAUUGACCUCGACGCUGACUUAGAGAAAGACAAGCUUGAGAUGUCGGGCACUAAGGACGGGGACGGAAUGGCUGCUGCCUCGAGUGCCGUAGCGGCAUUGCCGGACAACAUCAAGUUUAUUAACCCAGUGCCUCCUCCGCCGAUCAAGGACAGCAAAUCCAAAGCUAAGCGUAGCAAGAAUUCCAAGGACAGUAGCAAAUCCUCAACCCCUGAUGGGGCCAAGAAAGACGCCCAGGGACGGGCCCAAAACGAGGCCACUGGGCCAACCGUGGGAAGCGGUUCCACAACUUUACCUUCCGGGAAAGGUUCAGAUAAAAGUAACAAAGCCUCUCGUAAUGUUCAGAGUGGAAAAAAGGACAAGGAGGGUUCUGGAAAAAGCAAGAAGGAUAAAAAUGAAGGGGUACAAGCUGGGAGUGUGCCCACGGAAAAAGACCCAUCGGCCCAGGUUAUGCCUUUAGGCCAGGCACGCAAUACCCCAUUUGAGGGGACGCAAAAUUUGGACCUUGUUGGUGCUGAGCAACUAGGGAAUAUUACCCUCGAUACCACUGGAAUAGUCACACCUUUGGCUAUCAAGAGCGAACCAGAAGAAGUGGAAAAUAAUGAUUGUAGGACCAUGAAGAAAGUGAAAAGCGAAAAGAUGGAGUCUCCGGUCUCCACGCCGGCUCCGCCACCGCUCCACCUCCUCGCUCCUGUCGGCAUCAGCGACAUCUCCUCCUCGUGUGAGCAGAUCAUGGUCCGCACGCGCUCCGUGGCCGUCAGCACCUCUGACGUGGCUCUGGCCACCGAGCCCGAGUGUCUGGGUCCCUGUGAGCCGGGCACCAGCGUCAACCUGGAGGGCAUCGUCUGGCAGGAGACCGAGGACGGUAUGCUGGUUGUAAAUGUUACCUGGAGGAACAAGACGUAUGUGGGCACACUUUUAGACUGCACUCGACAUGACUGGGCGCCCCCACGGUUCUGUGAAUCACCCACAAGUGACCUGGAGAUGAGAAAUGGCCGUGGACGGGGUAAAAGAAUGAGGCCCAAUAGCAAUACACCAGUCAAUGAGAACAGCAACUCCUCUGAUAACAAAGGCAGCAACAACAGCAAGACUCGAGCCGCAUCCAACAGCAAAGGGCGACGGGGCAGUCAGAAUUCCUCUGAGCGGCGCACCCCACCAAAUAGCAACACUGAGGAUGUAAAAGCUAGUCCUUCAUCUGCUAACAAACGCAAGAACAAACCUGCCUCAGACAUGGAGCCCAAUUCCAGUUCAGAGGACACUAAGGGUAGCAAACGUAUGCGCACCAAUUCAAACAGCGGAAUACCUCAUACUAUUCUUCCCCUCUCCAACAUCAAAGCUGAAUCCUUGCCUCCCUCUUUGGAUCGCAGCUGCCCCUCACCGGUGCUCAUUGACUGCCCCCAUCCCAACUGCAACAAGAAGUACAAGCACAUUAAUGGCCUGAAGUAUCACCAGGCUCGUGCUCACAAUGAUGAUGACAUCAAGCUGGACAUAGAUGGCGAUAGUGAGUAUGGUGAGGACUCCACUUUGCACCCUGAGCCAGGCAGUUGCAAUGGUGCAUCCAUUUCUCAGAAGGGCUGUGCAUCUCCUGCACGGUCAGUCACCCCCAAAGGCAGAGGAUUUGAUGCCCAGAGCCCAUCACCAUCAUCAGGAAAGUUCAGCUCCAAGCAGCCUGGUAAAAAGAAACCAGAGGCUGAGCAUGAUUCUGGUGUGCCCAUGGAUGGCGGUGAAGAUGGCCCAUGUCUUACAGAUGAGACAAGCAAUGAUGGCAUUGAUGAUAAAAGAGGCUUGGACAAAGCUAAGAAGUCUGGCAGUGGUACCAAGGCAGACAAGCUCGCUCAGAAGGCAAUAAAGUCAGCAAGGCCCCUGGUUCCUUCUUUACCUCCACAGCAGUUGUAUGCCUUACCAACCUCUGGCUUCCCUGCCCCCAAUUCUGCCUCCUCUUCCAGUAUAGGCUCUGUGGUCCAGUCCAUUAGCAAGAGUCCCCAAAUAAAAACCAUUCAAACCAAACCUGCAGUAAUGGGAGAUCCCUCAUUGAACCCAGCCUUGGGCAGCUCUAAGGACAAGAAAAAGAAAGAUAAAAAAAAGAAGGAGGGCAGUAAGGAAGGAGACAGUCCAAAAGCCCCUGGGAAAGGAGGGAAACCUGAAGGAGGCAAGAGCCCAUAUUCUGAGAGCUCAGACCAAGGCAGCAAGAGUGAGGGGCUGUUAAAUGGAUCCACAGAUCCACAUCAAAGUCGGCUAGCCAGCAUGAAAGCGGAGGCAGACAAAAUCUACAGCUUUUCGGACAAUUCUCCCAGUCCUUCUAUUGGUGUGGCCAGUCGGAUAGAAAGUGGGGGGAUGGCACAACCUCUCACUCCACUUCAUGUAGUUACCCAAAAUGGGGCAGAUAACUCUUCUGUGAAGACCAACAGCCCAGCAUACUCAGACAUCUCUGAUGCAGGGGAAGAUGGAGAGGGCAAAGUGGAAGGUGUGAAGGUCAAGUCUGAAGAUCAGGCAGGUCGGGAAGGUGCCAAGAAAUCCCUGUUCCCAUCCCAACCACCAAACAAAGACUCUUGUUGCCCAGGCUAUGAAACGUACUACUCGCCCAAUUAUGGAAACCGAAACCCCAGUCCAGGAGUCUCUAACACUGUCCCAUCAUUGCAAGAUGGUGCAGUGAAGGUGAAAAAAGAGGAAGACCCAGAACCAGGGAAUGACAAGGGCAAAUCAGAGCCACCUGAAGAUCGAAAGCCAGACAUAGGUGCAUCCUCUCAACAGCCACAGCAGCCUUCAGUCAUUCAGCAACGUUCUAGCAUGUUCAUGCAGCCCCUCUAUUACAAUCAGUAUGCUUAUGUUCCUCCAUAUGGCUAUUCACCUGAUCAGGCCUACCAUAACCACCUGAUGAACACAAACCCAGCUUACAGGCAGCAGUGUGAGGACCGACAGCGGCAAGCAGCUGAGCAGCAUCGUGCCGCAGAGAGGAAAUCAGAGGCUGCUCAGAAGGAUAGGGAAGCAUCCAUGAAGUCAGAAGAAUGGAAGCAGAAAGCUUCGGUUCCUCCUACCUUGUCUAAAGCACCAAGUCUCUCAGACUUAGGCAAACCGUCCCCACAGGGCAAGCCCAAAGAUCCCUCGGAGCCUGGCAAGUCAGUCAUUAUCCCCAAAGGAGAAGAUGGCAAGGGACAGACCCAGCAAAGUGAGGGGUUGAAAAUGAAGUUAAGUGAAGCUGGGCAUCAUGCGAAGGAUGAGCAGAAACCAGGCCAUGAGUCUGGGAGAUCGGCUGUGGAGCAGGCAAUGUACAUGUACAGACAGGAGCCAGACUCUCGCCUGUGGCCCUACGUUUACCCAAGCAAGUACCCCGAUGCUCAGAAACAGAUUGAUGAGGAGAGGUGGAAGGAAGAGAGAGAUCGUGAACGAGAAAGGGACAGAGAUCGGGACCGAGACCGUGAGAGAGACCGGAAAGGCAAAGACGAAAGGCAGCGUUCUAAAGACGCUCCCUCUAGAGAGGAAUGCAAGGAAGGGCCAGAACCACGAACUUCAUCGGCCUCAGAGGAGCAUAGAGUCAUCGGCAAAGAUCCACGAGCACAUAUGCAGUUUUCCUCACAUCUGCCGCAGCAUCAGUCAUAUAUGUCUUACAUGCAUGGAUACCCUUACGGCCAGGGUUAUGACCACAGCCAUCCGGGAUACAGGGGGAUGCCUACUGUCAUGAUGCAGAAUUACCCAGGGUCGUACCUGUCACCAGGGUACUCUUUUUCUCCAUAUGGCAAUAGGAUGCCACCUGGAGAGGAGGGUGAAAAAGCUCGUGCCAGUCCUACAGUGAGUGGCAAGUCUGCAUCUGAGUCUAAAGCUCUUGAUAUCCUGCAUCAGCAUGCUAGCCAAUACAAGAGCAAAUCACCUACGGUGGGUGAAAAGACACCCCAUGAAAGAGACAGAAGUGGGAGUGAGCGGGAAAGAGAUGGUGAACGUCCGAGAUCUUCGCCCUCUCAGAGGAUCAUGCCUUCCCACCAUCACUUAGGCUAUUCACUACUCCCAGGACAGUACGACCUAUCUUAUGCUACAGGUAUCUCCUCUUCAGCCAUUGUUGCCAGUCAACAAGCCUCUGCCCCUUCACUUUACCCCCCAGCACGGAGGUGAGAAUGGGAGAAGUGACUGGCUGUUUUUCUGCAGACAUGUGACUGGUUCACAUGAGGAUGUGAUGUGGAGCUUAUGGCAUCAGUUCAAUGAUGUCCCUGAUUUCUUUACUGUUCUUUUCCCCUGACUUCCCGACGUCUUUAACCAACACCGUCAGAGAGGAGACAGUGGAUGCUGAGGUUUCUAUGUUCACGCCUAACUCCACCUCGGGAAGCGCACAUCCGUACACCUCCCUCUCUGUGCUGCUGGCUACAUACUCAGGAGAGAGGAGACACGAUCUGUCUGCAGAGACGUCAUAUGAUGCGCAAGCUCUCAGAAAAACAUGGACCUACAGAGUUUGGGAGAUCUUGAAUGAACCUGGAUGCAAAGACAUUCUGGAAGUCAGUCACUACAUUGUGUUCAAAGCAUGGGCAAACUGCUGCUCUAGAGCCAUGAGCAUUACCAAGGUUGCUGAUGUUUUGUUUUUUUCUCUGAAGGAUUCCAGCAUCUUGGUUGCCGCUCUUCAUCUUCAUACACUUACGAUCUAUUUGUAGAUUAUGCAAGUGAAGUUAUACCAUUGCGAAGCUAUCGU